AUGGCGGAAGUCGAAGUCGAUACACGACUAGAGACUUUUGUUCUCGCAGCCGACGAGGCGCAAAAUCUCGCCCUCACUACGAUUAGCAAUGAAGUUGCAGCAGCGCCUGCAGAGAAGAAGGUGAAGAAGAUUAUCCGGCGGAAGAAGCGCCCAGCACGGCCCCAGAUCGAUCCGGCAUUGAUCAAGUCGGAGCCGCCACCGCAGACGGGUACCAUCUUCAACAUCUGGUUCAACAAAUGGUCGGGCGGCGAUCGCGAGGACAAAUACCUGAGCCAGACGCAUGCCAAAGGGAGAUGCAACAUUGCUCAGGACACUGGAUACACGCGAGCCGACACAGUUUCCGGGUCGUACUUCUGCCUCUUCUUUGCUCGCGGAAUAUGCCCCAAGGGACAAGACUGCGAAUACCUACACCGGCUCCCUACCAUACACGACCACUUUAGCCCAAAUGUUGACUGCUUUGGGCGAGACAAGUUUUCGGAUUACCGUGACGAUAUGGGCGGGACAGGAAGCUUUAGUCGCACGAACCGCACGAUAUACAUUGGGAGAAUCCAUGUCUCUGACGAUAUCGAGGAGGUGGUUGCGCGGCACUUUGCGGAGUGGGGCCAAAUAGAGAGAACAAGAGUUCUCAAUACACGCGGCGUGGCUUUCGUCACCUACUCGAACGAGGCGAAUGCUCAGUUUGCAAAGGAAGCAAUGGCCCACCAGAGCCUCGACCAUGAAGAGAUCUUAAACGUUCGCUGGGCAACUGCCGACCCCAACCCAAUGGCCCAGAAGCGCGAAGCAAGGCGCAUCGAGGAGCAGGCGGCUGAGGCGAUCCGGCGGGCGCUGCCAGCAGAGUAUGUUGCCGAAAUCGAAGGCAAGGAUCCAGAAGCGCGGAAGAGGCGGAAAAUUGAAAGCAGCUACGGACUCGACGGGUAUGAGGCGCCAGACGAGGUGCAUUUCGCUCGCGGAAGGAACGCCGUCAACCCAAGAGGGCGGGAGGGAUACGAACUCGAACAUGAGCAGCGUAUGUUGAUUGAAGCCGCCGACGCUGUCGAGGCCCAAGAAGUAGCCCAGAGCCAGGCGCCGGCGGAGCCCGAGAAAGGUAGCAUUCUUUCAAGCAGUACACUAGCAAUGCUGCAGUCAACUAGGGUCACGGUUGCUUCAAAACCAAAGCCAGUGGCUCCAUCAGGGCCAUUGGUGGCCUACGAUAGCGACAGCGAUUAG